CCGUCUGAGAACGGAAGUAAAGUGCGACUCGCUUUUCGUGGGCUUCGAGUGUCCUGUCCGGGCCGAUAUCUGGCCAACUAGUGCGUCCGAGUGCGACGAUGUAUCAACCGUACAUUAAUCAGGUGGUCCAAUCGCUGCAGGCGUUCAGCUCGAACGAACUGCGCGAUUUACUGGGCGACGACGAGAAGUUAGACGAACGGGUCAAUGAAGCGGUAAAAUCACUCGAAUCUUCCAAAGAGCUGCAACUGGUAGAGAACCGAAGACUGGCUGAGGAAAAUUUAAGGCACGAACCGAGGUUGAUUGAAUUGCGCUCACGGGUACAGGAGCUGUCUGGCGAGGGACGAAAGCUGGCCACAUCCGUGAAUGAAAAAAUGAAUGAACUUAAAUCAAAAUCGGGUAAAACGAAUCCGGAAACGAUGCUCGCACUGCUACAGACUGCUGCUGCUGAAUGCGAAGAGGAGUCCGAGGUUCUGGAGAAACAGUGUUUAAGCAACAAACUGGCGAUUGACGCAUUUCUAGAUCAAUUUAUGGCAGUCCGCAAGCUUAUGCACUGUAGGAGAGCCAAAGCGGACAAGAUGAUCGAAUUGCUGCGUAAUCAGUCGAACGCCAACCGAAGCACUGCGUCCGGUUCUACGUUCGCCAAUCAGCACGGCGCACCGUUCCCGCCGGUGCGCCAAUCGGGAGGAUCUACGUUCUACUUACCUCCCGCACCGACGCCCGGUUCACCGCCGGCCGUUCCGUACCCGAUGCCUUCCCUUCGAUUGGGGUCCAUUGGAAAGGACUCACCGUACUCACACUGCUCACCGGCAGCGGAUGGUAGUAUCGAACAAAUGUUUCAUCGACUGGCAAAACGCUUCACACAUCAUAUAUUUAGAAUGUGCUAUUGUGCUAUGUCCCCGCGACGGUGGACGUCAUUUGUUAAGUUAGAUCUGUUCCCAGAUUCGUGUAUAAGUAUGCGCUGCGUGGAUGGGAAAAAGUUAUUGCCACGGAACCGAAGCAACUGAAUGGAAGCGAAGAUUGAAGCCCAACGUGUAACAUCCAGUCUUAGUUUGUACCACUACCGACGAUGGUUGGAAAAUUGGAAUAGAAAUGCUCAGGAAUACUUUAUCGACAUGCCGCGAGCACGCUAACGAUUUAUCAAAUUAUGUUCGGACGUUUAUCUGAUGCGAGCGAAAUGUAUCUCACGUCGGGCGUAUACAAUAAAAAUUGCGUAGAUCACGAUAGUGUGAACAAUUGUUCUUGGGCGUCACUGGCACGGAGGGAAAGGCCUCAACGCUCAAAGCAAAGUAUUACCGUUCAAUUUUAAAUAA